GGCCGCCUCGCGGCCUCUUUUGUGCAGGCCGGCGCGGGGCGGCCGGGGCGAUGCUGUCCGGGGGAAAGAAGGCCGCGGAGGCGGCGGGGGCUGGCGGCGAGGGUGGGCCUGAGGCUCCGGUGCCUCCGUCCGCUGCCGUGGGAGCGCUGGGCUCCUCCGCAGAGGGCGGCGGGACGGCAGAGCGCACUCCUCGAAAGAAGGAGCCGCCGCGGGCCUCGCCCCCGGGCGGUCUGUCCGAGCCGCCCGCCGCCGGCGCAGCCCCGGCACCCGGCGCUGAAACCACGGGCAUCGCCGAGACCCCCGAGGGUCGCAGGACCAGCCGCCGCAAGAGGGCCAAAGUGGAGUAUAGAGAAAUGGAUGAAAGUCUUGCAAACCUAUCAGAAGAUGAGUAUUAUUCUGAAGAAGAGAGAAAUGCUAAAGCUGAGAAAGAGAAAAAGCUGCCACCACCACCUCCACCAGUUCCUGCAGAAGAAGAGAAUGAAAGUGAGCCAGAAGAGCCAUCCGGGCAAGCAGGAGGACUUCAAGACGACAAUUCUGGAGGGUAUGGAGACGGCCAAGCAUCAGGUGUGGAGGGCGCAGCUUUCCAGAGUAGACUUCCACAUGACCGUAUGACAUCUCAAGAAGCUGCCUGCUUCCCUGAUAUAAUCAGUGGGCCACAGCAGACCCAGAAGGUGUUUCUGUACAUCAGGAACCGCACCCUUCAGCUCUGGUUGGAUAACCCGAAGAUUCAGUUGACAUUUGAGGCAACUAUCCAGCAACUAGAAGCACCUUAUAAUAGUGAUACGGUGCUAGUUCACAGAGUACACAGCUAUCUGGAGCGGCAUGGACUAAUCAACUUUGGUAUCUACAAAAGAGUGAAGCCCCUUCCAACCAAGAAGACUGGAAAGGUGAUCAUUAUUGGUUCUGGAGUCUCAGGGUUGGCAGCAGCUCGUCAGUUGCAGAGUUUUGGGAUGGAUGUCACAGUUCUGGAAGCCAGGGACCGAGUAGGAGGAAGAGUUGCUACAUUUCGCAAAGGGAACUAUGUAGCUGAUCUAGGAGCAAUGGUGGUAACAGGACUUGGAGGAAAUCCCAUGGCUGUAGUCAGCAAACAAGUGAAUAUGGAAUUGGCUAAGAUCAAACAAAAAUGCCCACUUUAUGAAGCAAAUGGACAAGCUGUUCCAAAAGAGAAAGAUGAAAUGGUGGAGCAAGAAUUCAAUCGUCUGUUGGAAGCCACCUCCUAUCUCAGUCAUCAGCUGGAUUUUAAUGUUCUCAAUAAUAAGCCUGUCUCCCUAGGUCAGGCUCUGGAGGUUGUCAUACAAUUGCAGGAGAAACAUGUGAAGGAUGAGCAGAUUGAACACUGGAAAAAGAUUGUGAAAACACAGGAGGAAUUGAAAGAUCUUCUUAACAAGAUGGUGAAUUUAAAAGAGAAGAUUAAAGAACUCCAUCAGCAGUAUAAGGAAGCAUCAGAAGUGAAGCCACCUCGGGAUAUUACAGCAGAGUUCCUUGUGAAAAGUAAACACAGAGAUUUGACUGCGCUUUGCAAGGAGUAUGAUGAAUUGUCAGAAACCCAAGGAAAGCUGGAAGAGAAGCUACAAGAACUUGAAGCCAAUCCACCAAGUGAUGUCUAUCUGUCCUCAAGAGACAGGCAAAUACUUGACUGGCAUUUUGCAAACCUAGAAUUUGCUAAUGCUACACCCCUCUCUACACUUUCACUGAAGCACUGGGACCAGGAUGAUGACUUUGAAUUCACAGGCAGUCACUUGACUGUGAGGAAUGGAUAUUCCUGUGUGCCUGUAGCCUUAGCAGAAGGGUUGGAUAUUAAAUUAAACACAGCAGUUCGACAGGUUCGCUAUACAGCUUCAGGCUGUGAAGUGAUAGCUGUAAAUACCCGAUCUACUAGCCAGACUUUCAUUUAUAAAUGUGAUGCCGUGCUAUGCACUCUUCCCUUGGGAGUACUGAAACAGCAGCCUCCAGCAGUACAGUUUGUGCCGCCUCUUCCUGAGUGGAAAACUUCUGCAGUGCAGCGUAUGGGAUUUGGCAACCUCAACAAGGUUGUGUUGUGUUUUGACCGUGUCUUCUGGGAUCCAAGUGUCAAUCUGUUUGGUCAUGUUGGUAGCACCACCGCAAGCAGAGGAGAACUUUUCCUGUUUUGGAACCUGUACAAAGCACCAAUUUUAUUGGCCUUAGUAGCAGGAGAAGCCGCAGGGAUUAUGGAAAAUAUCAGCGAUGAUGUCAUUGUUGGACGGUGUCUUGCCAUCCUCAAAGGCAUAUUUGGCAGCAGCGCUGUGCCACAGCCCAAAGAGACGGUGGUGUCCCGUUGGCGUGCUGACCCAUGGGCCCGGGGAUCAUAUUCAUAUGUAGCAGCUGGAUCUUCUGGAAAUGACUAUGACUUGAUGGCUCAGCCGAUUACUCCAGGACCAGCCAUUCCAGGUGCUCCUCAGCCUAUUCCUCGCCUGUUUUUUGCGGGAGAGCAUACAAUUCGCAACUACCCUGCCACUGUUCAUGGUGCUUUACUGAGUGGACUGAGAGAAGCAGGUCGCAUUGCAGACCAGUUUCUCGGGGCCAUGUAUACUUUGCCUCGCCAGCCUACGCCUGGGGUCCCCACACAGCAAGCUACCAGCAUAUAAGAGAAGUUAUCAGAAGAGGAGUAACAAUGCCACAGAGCUGCUGUUGUGAUCUACUUCUUGGGAUGAAGGCAUAUUCAUGUAGUUUGUAACAGUAUCUGCUGAAAGGAGGUGGCCAUGAGUUGCUGCAUAAUAGUUUGUUAGAAUGGCCUUACAAAAGCUUACCAUUGGGCUUGGCAUCCCUCUACACAAUCUCUUACAGCUAUUUGAACUGUCAGUGUACACGGAAUCCUUUACUACCAAAUUGGUCAGUGAGUUUUUUUGACUGCAGAUACUUUUUGAAAGUGAAACUUAUAGCUGGAGUUUCCAAGGUUUUUAUUUUACCUAUUUGUGUAUUUACAAUUGAGUAAUGGCAGAAAAGGCCCUUUAGAAGUUGGUUGCUGUGAACAGUAGAUUAGUGUAGAAUUUAUGUAAACAUUUUUGCUUAAUUAGUUCUAAAGAACAGUAUUUUCAAACAAUUCUAUUCUUACCUGGCAUUUGAGAAUUUGGUGCAACUGUUUCCCUAGCAGUAACAGCAAAUUAACAGCAAAUCACACCCCUCUAAGGUGUGCUGUUGGCUGCUACACCAUGCACAUUCUGUUUUAGAAAGAAAGCUGGUAUUAGUAAAAGUGUGCUAAUGAUACUAUUUUAUUAAAUACUUUCAAUUAAGAAAUUAUCAGAACUGGGUAUUUUUAACUUUAAAAAAAUAGGAAAAUAUUACUCAUAUUUGCUUAUGUAGAAACAGAGUUGCCUAGACAGUAAGCUAGCUGUAGAACUGAUUGAUCUCUUGAUUCUUGCAUGCGGCAGUCAGGCACUGUGGGCUGUACCAGCUGUCUUUUUUUUCCCUUUGUCCAAAGCCCAGAGAAAAAUGUUUUUUAUUCUUUGUUGACGAGAUGAUGUUGCAGCUGCUAUAACUGUUUCUGAAAAUCAUUUUGGUUUGGUUGCUUUUCCAGGUAUUUUCCUUCUUACCCCGUGCACAGAGACUUCUUUUCAUUGGACAGAGCAGUCUUAUUUAAUCAUUUAGGUCCUUUUUCCCUCUCCUGCUUUCCCUAGUUAACAUUAUGCUUUUACUUCUUCCAACUUUUCUCACCUCCACCUUUCUGCUGUUUGUUUCCUGUGGUCUUUUUUUCACAUUUUUUUCUCCUUUUUCCUUUUUAAGUUUUUUUGUUCUCUAUGACCCUGUGUGCAUGUCCCAACUUCCAUGUGCCCUUGUGCCUUCCAUUCUGCUAGUGGACUAGUAUCUGCUCGUUUGUGCCCUUCCCUCUGCAAUUACGUUGCCCAUGCUUCUUCCUGAAGAAAAUACAUGCAAACAUCACUGCAGGCCCUAAUUGUUUAUAGCUGUGUUAGUUUUGUUUACAGACUUUCUAACUUCUAGUAUCAUUGCUUCUACUGUUUUCUUGUGCCUUAUUUCUAGUAGAUCUUUCUUCCUCCUGACUGUCUUAUUUUCUUGUGGUGGUUGCUCUCUCAUACGUUCAAAUCUGUGAGUGGGCAUCUCUGUAGGCAGUCCUUCUGAUAUGCAGUGAGAAAGGAGAGGACGCUGUUGUGGCAGGGGUAAUGGAAGAAAUCAACACAAGUCAUCCUUGCUGUCCCUCCAGGAGACAACAUAAACUAAACUUUGUGAUGCUUGGUCAAGAAAGCCCCACUGAAGUGGGACAGGAAAUGUCCAUCAGGGCAUGGAGGAGGAGUGUCCAAGGAAAGAUUCAGAGUGCAUAGGUUUGAGUCUUAAAACUCCCUGGCUUCUGUUUAGGUAAAAGCCUGUCUGCAACACUACCAAUAGAAAUCCUAUUCCAAGAUAAGCUGAUUUAAUCUCUUGGCUAUUCUGACUGAAGAUGGGAAAAGGAUCUGAGGAUUGGGGUGCUGUGUUCAGUAACAAGGGUUUUCAGAUCUUCGUAUUAGUGGGGUGGUUUGCAGGAUUUAGUGAUGCUGCUGUCUCUGGCCAUGAGGACUGUCUUCCGACUUCCUAUAGCACUGUCAAAAACUCAGAAAAGCACUUCUGGCCCACUGGAAACUAAAUAGUCCUCAACUGAACAUAGCCACACUGUAUUUUCCAGACAACUAUCAAGCCACUUUUACAUCAAUGUACUAAUGUUACUUUUCAGAGUUUCUGUUCUCCUGCUGUAGGUUCACUUUGACUGAGACUUAGCAGAUUAUUCAGCUUGCUGAAUUGUCAAACACACAGUAAUUUGGCUGAGACAUUCAAAUGUAAACAAACUUCCUUUUAUAUGUUGCCAUUACUUUGAGCACGGCUCAUCUUUGACCCUUGACAAUCAGGCUUUCUUGUCUUCCUUUUUGAAAAAGAUACCUGAAAACCAUGGUAAGCACUGAAAUAAGAAGGUAGAGAUGAAGCCGUGGCAGUUCGCACUCUUUUAAAAAGGUUUGACAGGAUUUGGUGGGUGUUAGCUGAUGAUAACGAUGGGCAUGAGCUAAGGAGUGGUAAUGCCAGAGGAAUUCAUUGGAAGAUGAAGAAUGUGAUCUGUGGCCUGCUACACCCUACAUUUCUGUAGCAUCUGUGGGGACUCUUAAGCCUGAUUCCUCAGCCAGUCCCUGCUGACAAGCCCUACUGGGUUUUAGAGACUGAACAGCUCAGCAUACUUCCAGCUUCUAGGAGUGUUUCUGUCUCUAGACAGACAAAUAAAGCUGUGCAGCCAGUUGCUGGACUCCUUAGAGCUCCUGUGUUGCAGCUCCUGCCCUGCAUGGCCCGCUUUCUAGUGGUUGAUGGCACUGGUUGUACCCUAAGUAGACGGGAACAGUGGUUGGGUACAAAGGUCAAAGACUGCUCCCUUUGUUCUGGUUGCAUCCUGUAGGAUUGCUGGGAUGGAGAGGGGAGCUUGGGGAGGAGCACUAUUACCCCUAGGCCAGCUGAAGUUUGUAGACAUGGAAAAAGUAGCCUGGUUAAGGUUCAAUCAACUUAGUGUUGGAGUUCAGCAUGUUGCUCUGCUCUCUGUGCCAGUCUGUUAGAUGGACCUUUGGUAUGACCCAUAAUGGCUGUUUUGUUAAGCACUGCCUCUGCAGCUUUCCUGUCACUAUGACCUGCUGAGGAGGAGAAAGCAUUGCAAGUAAAUGGGUGACCAGGUCCUCUUCAUCUCAGCAUCCUUCCUCAUGGUGCAGUCUUUUUUCCACUGCUGCUGUUUGCUUGACCUAACUUCCUGGUAAGACUCAUCUAAUCUAUUUCAACAGAUUGUGAAUGACCUCUUAGCACCCAGCAGCCUCAAAUCUACAGCGUCACAAAAACUUGUGAUCAAGGCUGGUUUCAUCCUUUGUAGCGGUGUUUCCCAUCUAUUCUCAGUGACCUGUCACUUCUCUCUCUACUCCAUGGGCUGGUGAAUUGUAUUUCUGACAAAACUGAUCAGUGUUGCUUUUGGGGGAAAAAAAUAGGUCCCUAUGUAGUUGGACCUUCCCUUCUGUACUGAAGAUGUACUGUUGGUGUUCAAGAAGUGUUUGAACAUUCUUAAGGUAUAUGAUUUAACUGUUAGGUUGCCCUGUGUGGAGUCAGGAUUUGGACUUGAUGUUCUUCAUGGGUCUGAUGCUCCUCAUGGGUCCCUUCCAACUGAGGAUAUUCUGUGAUUCUAAGAUGAAGGACCACAGUAACCUGCAAUGGAGUUCUGGAUCUUGAGUGAAUGUAUAUGUUCACUAGUCAGGAUUGUGCUUUCUGGAUUGGCAGAUGAACAAGAAGACUUGCAUUUUUCAGUUCUCUGGAUGUCUGAGUUUUUGUCAGGUAAUAGCAUCUAUUUUGCAAUAAAUUACUGUUAGCUCAGGGUCUUUGUGUUCAGUCUCUGUAUGGAAUUUAGAGUAUUUGGUAUGGUCUUGUCUGUAGAGGAAACUAAUCGCAAAGCAUGGGUUCUCUCUAUUUUGUUAUCGUAAUCUCUCUGUUUUGUUAUCUUUGACUGGAUCAUAAACAGAAAAAACGUUGUGUGUUUUUUGGUUUCUUCUUUCAUUAUGAAUCUUUUUCAGCUGACUAGUUCAAGUUCAGUGGAGGGUAUUGCAGUCAGCAAUGUGCUCAGAGUGCAUCUUGUCUUUAAGGCAUAAAAUGGCUCUAUAAAAUGGGAUGACUUUAACUUGAAUUCGAUUUAUUUGUAAAUCACAGAUUCUUUUUAAAGGUGAUAAUUCCACAAGUUACUCUUCUCAGAAAUGGUUACCAAAAGAAAAUUAGAAGCCAUUGUGGUGUUUGUAAAUUUACUACUUUUUCCAAUUAUUAUUUUCAAUUUCCAGUGCAUCUAAUUUCUGAAGGUGUAAAUUUCUGUUUUCUCUGAAGGGACAUUGAAGCUUAUAGGAAAUGCUUACACUGAUAUUCUCCCCCAGAGUACCUAGGUAGAUAUUAAAGAAUUUCUGGAAUGCUUCUAGACCUUAUUUUCUUGUAUUAGCAGAAUUACCUGAAUAAACAUGUUGGAUGGGGGGGGGGGGGGAGGGGGAACACAUCAACUCAACUUUGGAGAGUCAGUGGAGAAUAUAAGCAUCUGUUUAAUUACCUGUGCAUGUCAUAGAAUGUUAUCUUAUCCAAAGAGCAAAUUGUCUUAGUUUUUUUUCCAGCUUUACCAAUAUGUCUGCUAAAAUCUAUUGCUUCUCUUCAGGGUUUGUUGGCUUGUAUUAGCAAAACUCCUGCAGAGCUUGUGGAGUCUUUGCCCAGUAGUUUUGACCUCUGGAUCUUCUGGGCCAAAAGUCUAGAUCUAUUUUUAUUAAAUUGUUUGGGCCCCGUCAAGUUUGUGUUAAUUGCAUCUUUCUGUGAAGGGACUUCACACUGUUAUUCCAUUGUUCUUUUCCAGACACUGUAUCACCCUACCCCUAUAACUUGGUGUUUCACUUGAGCAAGGGUAGACAACCUGUUUUCCUGACUGUUAACAAAACAGAUAUCUUGGCCAGCAAACCUACUGUGAAUUAAAAAGUCUCUCUUUCAUGAAGCUCCUGAAGGCAUUCACCCUGAUUGUGGAUUGCAUGUCUCUCUGCAAAUACCAUACAUUUGAUAGCUGCUUGGUUUAGAGUGCAGUAACCUCAUGUGGGUGUGUUCUCCAGUCUUGGGUGCUCAUGGUUUAACGAAGGGGAGGUUCAGGUCUCCACCAUGAUCCACUGCUACUGUUAGAGGACAGAAAUGUCUCCAACCCCAAGUUAGAGGCAGAGUUAAAACAGAUGUUUGGACAACAUAUCCUUAGUAACUUCUUGCUCACAGAAUUGUAUCCUCAAUUCUGAAUAACAUGUCAACCUAUCAAACUGCAGAAUUUGAAUGCUUUUUCCUGAUUCACUUUAACUUGAUGUUCUUAGGCAAGUGUGCAAAAGUAUUACUUCCAUUAAAGCAAUUACUAUUUAUAUAACAAUUCAAACUAAAUACUAUUCAAACAGAAUAAAUCAGAUGGAUCAAAUAAAGCUCUUUUCCUUACAAA